AUGUUUCGCAUGCCAAAAAGCAUUCCACGAGCUACUCUAGCAGGUGCUGUGAUUUGUAUCACCAUAUCAGGAACGCUUUUCGGCGCCUCGCAGAAAACCGAACAGCAGUAUCGCCAGAAAAUCCAGGAACAAAAGGCACUCGAGCCGACGAUCGAUGAGCGAAUUGAAGGUCUCAGAGGCAUGCGACAAAAUUUAAUGGCCAAGAAGGAGCUCGUGGAAAGGCAGCUUGAUACUCUGGAAGCAAGGAUCGCAGAGAGAUCUCAGAACCAACUCAGCGAGCCGAAGAGAGAGCCGCCCCAUGACAAAUGA